AUGGCGUCGCCGGCGCUUCCACAGUCCCCGUCGAGCCGAGGGGCGUUGCGGUACGCCGUCGCGCCGCCCCGCCUUGUGGACGACCCCGAGCUCUCAUCUCUGUCGCCUUUCCAUCACUCAAGAAGAGGCGCCUGGCCGAGUUCGCCAUCGUACAUUUCCUCGUCUCCUCUCGCCUCUCGACAUCCCGCGACGGCGUUCUCCCCCACUUCGCGCUCGUGCUCCUCUGCCGCGUCCUCGCCGUCUUCCUCCUCUUUGUCCUCCGCUCUGCAUGUGUCUUCUGCGGCGCCUCCUGCCCCGGACGCCCGCUAUCCGCCUUCUUUGUCGCCGUCGUUUUCUUCUUCUGUCUCGUCCGCUCCUCCCUUUUCGUCUUCGUUGUCUGCCUCCUCUUCGUCACCUGUUGUGGCUUCUUCGUCGUCGACUUGCGCCUCGUCGUCGUCGCCUCCUUCUUCCGCGGCAGUCGCUGCCCCCGCCGCCUCCUCGGCGCGCGUCUCCUCUUUCUCUUCGCCUUCGGUCUCCCCGUCGCCUUCCGCCGCGGCUUCUCUCUCAGCUUCUCCCUCGCUUUCGGCCUCGUCGUCGCUGCUGGCGUCGUCGCUGUCCUCUCCCUCUUCGUCGUUCUUUCCCUCGUCUUUCUCGUCGCCCUCCUCGCUGGUGUCGCGAGCGGGGCGGCUUUCGCGCGGCGGCGCGCCGGCGGAGCUCGGCGUGCACAUGCUUCUCGCGGGCGACUCGCCAAGCGACAGCAGCACCGCGGACGAGAGCGACGUGGCCUCGACAGCGCCGUCAGUCUCGCUCUUGUUUCAGCACUCUACUGUCUCGCCGUCCUCCGUCUCCUCUUCGCGCCGUUUCCCUUCUGACUCGCUCUUCCCCUCGUCGCCCCGCACCGCCUCGAGCCCCCCAGCCACCGGGCGGCAGUCUGUCGAAGGCCCGCCGCUCGCGGGCUCGCUGGAGCCCGAAGCCGAGCGGAGCGACCGCGAGAAGAAGCGCAAGGAAGACGACAAACCGACGCGCGAAGAGAAGCGCGGGCGGCGAAGAGAAGCGACGGCGCGCAGGACCCGCGCGAGUUCUUCGUCCUUCGCGCCGCUCUCAGCUUCUCUGCGCACGCACGUCCCUGCGCAGACGCCGGGGGGACCAAGCCGUCGCGAGAGAAGCGCAGAGCACGCAGGCGACGGAGAGGCCGCCGCGGCCGCCGCGGCGCGACUUCCGCGUCCCUCCGCCGCGUCUCCGCCUGCAGUCCCGCCGUUCCUCCACGAGCGGGCAGACACGGAAGAUGACGUGGGAGACUACGCGGAGUCCAGAGAGACUCUCACCUGCGGCCGCCCUCGCGCGCGAAGCCACUUCUCCUCGUCUUCUUCGCCCUGCCGCUCGCCGCCCGCUCCCUCCUCUCCGCCGCUGGCGUCGCCUGCGAGUGCGGGCGGGCUAGCAGAGGCCCGCUGCCUGCGAGUCCGCAGGCGCAGGGGAAGCAGACGAGUGGCACGAAGCGGCGAGAGGAGAGGCCGCGAUGACAGCGAGCGCGCCGGCGCUCUUCAGCUGUCUGUCUCGCCUACGCGCGAGGGGACCCGCACGCGCUCAGGAACAGAAGACGGCGCCCGCUCUCGCGCGUCUCCCUCCCGCAGUCCUCCGCGGAAUGAAGCGCAGGCGCCGGCGGAGAGGCGCGACGCAGGGACUCGAGAAGGCUGA